AUGGAAACCAUCCUUGGGAUACCACCUAAACCGGGUGCACGUGCGAUCUCCAUCGCUCCUCCGAUGCCGUCACAAUCAUCGGUUUCCCAGCCUCUACCCGCCAUGAGACCGAUGGAUCCCAUUUCCUCGCCGUUAUUUCUUAAAUGGUUGGAUCUUUUCCCGCUCCCUAAUAUCAUAUUAUUUCACAACUGGAAAUUGCACGUCAACAUAGUGGUUGGACCAGGGACCAGAAGGUGGGCCACAUCAGGUUAGAGUCUAACGAAGCUGAUAUUGUUCGGUUCUACUUGUCUAUGUAGCCCUCUUCAUACCUCUCCAAAACGACUAGAUUCAUUGUUCUUGUUCAAAAUGGCUCCAUGCUUUGUUAUAUUAAUUAAAUUGUCUAUGCGAUUAGUGAAUUUAUUUCGAAUUGGAUGACUUAAGUAACUUUAUUAUGGAGCAAGAAGACCUGAUCGUUGUCAUUGACCAUGCAUGCAAAGGCUUGUAAUCUCAUGUUAGUUGCUAUAAAUGUAAUCUUAUGAUUAUAUACAUGAGAAUUGAUCCAAAAAUAACUAAUCUUUUAGUUGGAUCGUCAAUACUAAAAAUAUAAACAAUGAAAUAGAAUUUAAUCCACUUUUGUAAUUAAAUUAUAAGUGGACCCAUUUAAGUGGUUGGAGUCAUUAUGAAUCUGGCACUUUGCACCCACCAUUAGAUCAGCUUGCUUAGACUCUAGUAAUUUACUUGAGAGUGGAUGACUGGUGGAGGUUAAAUAAACUAUUUGUAUAUGGGUUCUAA